AUGCUGAUGGUCGAUAUAAUGAUAAUGUCCGGUGAUAACAACUUGUUUUUCUUCCGGACAUACACCAUUGCGCACAUACACACAUACACGCACAUACAUCAUGCUUUGUCAUAUGGAUGGUUAGUGGAUCAGAUCAUUAGACGAACCGACAUCAAACAUCGAGGAAUCGGCCAGUUCUUCAAAGAAGAAAUUGCCGACAAGCACAAACUGGAAUUUCACUUUGGUCUACCAAUGGAGAAAGCAUGGCGUGUGGCCAGAAUCACUCAACCGACACUCAUUGGCGGCAUGGACGAAUUUCUUACUGAUCCGAAUAAUGUCGACUAUGCAUUAAUAUUCAAGCAGUACCUUCGAGGUUGA